GCCUUUGUGUUCCUGCUUUGGUCUUUCUGGGUUAUUUUAUAACACCUCUGUAUCCUAGGUUUUCCACUGAGCCGUCCUCCGAGCCCCACCCCAUGGGAACACCAUUGUUAAGGGAAGCUUAGGCCAUGUGACAGUGGCGGGAGUGCAGCCGCAGCUGAUUAUAUCAGCAGCAGCUUGGGGGCCUCUUCACUUGCCACCCACAUCCAGGGAGCCCUGAGAGGUACUACUCAUCAGAGUCUUGCGAAUCAGAUGGAAGGGGCUGUGUAAUGCAGCUCUCCUGGGCCCAGCCUGGCGCUUUAUUCAUCCAAAUCAAACCCCUGUUUUCUUUCUAGGACUCAGUGUUCAGCUCCCCAAUCUUGUAAAAAAUUUUAAUAUCCUGUCCCUUCUCCAUUGCUGAGGCUCUUUCCCCUCAUCUUUGUCUCUCGUUAAUGACAAAAUGAUCACCUACUAUGUGCCAGGUACUGAUCUGGGUCCUGGGUUUACAGGGAAAGACACAGAUGAGGCCUCUGCUUUAGUGGUCCCUGGAUCUUGGCUUUCUCCUUCAGCGGUGGGGAUCUGAAGCCCCUGCCACCCCACCUUUCCGUAUCUACAACCCAGUUAGCCUCUUCUCCUAGCCACCCCCAUCCCCCGGUAGCCCUGGCUUUCUGGCCCCCUCUUUUGGGGCACCCCUAACUGUGGGUGGCUGCAUCCUCAAGAGAGAAACAGUAGUCACCAGUAGGCUGCCCUGGAGACCUUUUUUCUGAUUGGCCACGGAGCUCUUGCCAUUGUUUCCCUUCACAGCCUGUAUUGGCUCUAGCUUCCCCUUCCAUUGUUUGCCCCCACGCAUCACACGUGGAUCGUCAAUUGCCCUUCUCCCAGCUGUGGGCAGGAUUUGAAGUGUCACAGGAAGGGGUUGGGUAAAAGAGCGUCUUCAGUAUGAUGGCAAAGCUGAGGAGGGGAACCCAGGAAAGGCCAAGCCACGUUUCUGUCUCUCUCUCCCUCACCCCUCAGGGACCAGCCAUCUUAUCCAGCAUGGUCCACCUCCUAGGGUCUGCAUUCCCUUUCCCACCCCUAGCGAGAUCAAGGUGUCCUGUUUUGCAAGGCUGGUCAGUUCAGGAAGGAGACAUUUUCUUAAGCACCUACUGUGGGUGAGGCAUUUUCCUCGAAGAGGGACAGCUUACCUCGUCUCACUUCCCUUCCAUUAUUCCCUGUGCAAGGCGUCCUGCGCCCAUUGGUUGGGCGGUGUCUGGGGCCCUUCAGCCGGGUGCCAGCACCCAGAUCCACGUGCGCCCAUGUGUGUGACACAGCCCUGACCUCAGUGGGGGCCAGUAGCCAAUCAGGCGCUGAGACGGGAUCCCCAGCCAAUCGUGGGCGGGGCCUGCGGCUCUGCCGGCUGGGGGCCAAUGAAGGGCAGUGCCUGGCAUUAUGCAACCCGCCUCCCGGCCGCCCGGAGCUUCUACUCCGCUGCGGGCUGGAACAGCGGCGGGCAGGCGGCCGGAGUGCUCUCGCGCGGCCAGGUACUGGCUGUGAUCGAACUCUUCAAGUCUCAGAGACUUAAGCUUCCCACCUCACUUAUUCAGCCAGGCCUCCUGGCCUCCUUGUGCAUCCGUGGUGGCCUCCCCGCCUUCCCUCUUCUCCUCUUGUCCUGCCCAUGGCCCAGACAUGAGCAGCCCCCUAGAAGGGGCUGAUGGGGGAGGGGACCCUAGGCCAGGGGAUGCCUUUUGUCCUGGAGGGUCCCCAUCCCUGGGACCCCCACAACACCGGCCUUGCCCAGGCCCCAGCCUGGCCGAUGACACGGAUGCCAACAGCAAUGGCUCGAGUGGCAAUGAAUCCAACGGUCCAGAGUCCAGGGGUGCAUCUCAGCGGAGCUCACAUAGCUCCUCUUCUGGCAAUGGCAAGGACUCAGCCCUGCUGGAGACCACUGAGAGCAGCAAGAGCACAAACUCUCAGAGCCCAUCCCCACCGAGCAGUUCCAUUGCCUACAGCCUCCUCAGUGCCAGCUCGGAGCAGGACAACCCGUCUACCAGUGGCUGCAGCAGCGAACAGUCAGCCCGGGCAAGGACCCAGAAGGAGCUCAUGACGGCGCUGCGGGAGCUCAAGCUUCGGCUGCCACCAGAGCGCCGGGGCAAGGGCCGCUCUGGGACCCUGGCCACACUCCAGUACGCGCUGGCCUGCGUCAAGCAGGUGCAGGCCAACGAGGAAUACUACCAGCAGUGGAGCCUGGAGGAGGGCGAGCCCUGUGCCAUGGACGUGUCCACCUAUACUCUGGAGGAGCUGGAGCAUAUCACGUCUGAAUACACGCUUCGCAACCAGGAUACCUUCUCGGUGGCUGUCUCCUUCCUGACAGGCCGCAUUGUGUAUAUCUCGGAGCAGGCAGGUACCCUGCUGCGUUGCAAGCGGGAUGUGUUCCGGGGUGCCCGCUUCUCAGAGCUCCUGGCACCCCAGGAUGUGGGCGUCUUCUAUGGUUCCACUGCCCCAUCUCGCCUGCCCACCUGGGGCACUGGGGCCUCAGCAGGUUCAGGCCUCAAGGACUUCACCCAAGAGAAGUCUGUCUUCUGCCGUAUCAGUGGAGGUCCUGACCGCGAUUCAGGGCCUAGGUACCAGCCAUUCCGUCUAACUCCGUAUGUGACCAAGAUCCGAGUCUCAGAUGGGGUCCCUGCACAGCCAUGUUGCUUGCUCAUCGCAGAGCGCAUCCACUCGGGUUAUGAAGCUCCCCGGAUCCCUCCUGACAAAAGGAUUUUCACCACUCGGCACACACCUACUUGUCUCUUCCAGGAUGUGGAUGAGAGGGCUGCCCCACUGCUGGGUUACCUGCCCCAGGACCUCCUAGGGGCCCCUGUGCUCCUGUUCUUACAUCCUGAGGACCGACCCCUCAUGCUGGCCAUCCACAAGAAGAUCCUCCAGCUGGCGGGCCAGCCCUUUGACCACUCCCCUAUUCGCUUCUGCGCCCGUAAUGGAGAAUAUGUCACCAUGGACACCAGCUGGGCCGGCUUCGUGCACCCCUGGAGCCGCAAGGUGGCCUUUGUGUUGGGCCGCCACAAAGUCCGCACAGCACCCCUGAAUGAGGACGUGUUCACUCCCCCGGCCCCCAGCCCAGCUCUGUCCCUGGACCCUGAUAUCCAGGAGCUAUCAGAGCAAAUCCACCGGCUGCUGUUACAGCCUGUGCACAGCCCCAGCUCCACGGGGCUCUGUGGCGGCGGCCCUGUGACCUCCCCAGGUCCUCUCCUCAGCCCUGGCUCCUCCAGUGAUAGCAACGGGGGUGAUGCCGAGGGGCCUGGGCCUCCUGCCCCGGUGACCUUCCAGCAGAUUUGUAAGGACGUGCAUCUGGUGAAGCACCAAGGGCAGCAGCUUUUUAUUGAGUCUCGGGUCCGGCCUCCACCCCGGCCCCGCCUCCCUGCUACAGGCACAUUCCAGGCCAAGGCCCUUCCCUGCCAGUCCCCAGAUCCAGAGCUGGAGGUGGCCCCUGCCCCCAUCCAUGUCCCGCUAGCCUUGGCCCCUGAGGAGACUGAGAGGAAAGAAGCCUCCACCUGCUCCUACCAGCAGAUUAACUGCUUGGACAGUGUCCUCAGGUACCUGGAGAGUUGCAACAUCCCCAACACAACCAAGCGCAAGUGUGCCUCUUCCUCCUCCUGCACCACCUCCUCUGCCUCUGACGACGAUAAGCAGAGGACAGAUCCCGUCCCUGCCAGUGUCAAGAAAGAUGUGUCGGCAGUGCUGUCUGGGGAGGGGGCUGCCCCGCGGAAGGAGCCGGUGGUGGGAGGCACCCUGAGCCCACUGGCCCUGGCUAAUAAGGCGGAGAGCGUGGUGUCCGUCACCAGUCAGUGUAGCUUCAGCUCCACCAUCGUCCAUGUGGGAGACAAGAAGCCCCCGGAGUCGGACAUCAUCAUGAUGGAGGACCUGCCUGGCCUGGCCCCGGGCCCAGCCCCCAGCCCUACGGUAGCUCCUGACCCAGCCCCAGAUGCCUACCGUCCUGUGGGCCUGACCAAGGCUGUGCUGUCCCUGCACACACAGAAGGAGGAGCAGGCCUUUCUCAGCCGCUUCCGAGACUUUGGCAGGCUGCGGGGACUCGACGGCUCUUCCACAGCACCAUCGGCCCCUGGGGAGCGAGGCUGCCACCAUGGCCCCGUACCCCCUGGCCGCCGACACCACUGUCGAUCCAAAGCCAAGCGCUCACGCCACCACCAGGCCCUCCGGCCUGAAGCCCCUUGCUAUGUCUCCCACCCCUCACCUGCACCACCCACUGCCCCCUGGCCCCCACCACCAGCCACUACCCCCUUCUCAACUGUGGUCCAGCCCUACCCUCUCUCAGUAUUCUCCCCUAGAGGAGGACCCCAGCCUCUGCCACCUGCCCCCACAUCUGUGCCCCCUGCAGCUUUCUCUGCCCCCUUGGUGACCCCAAUGGUGGCCUUGGUGCUCCCUAACUAUCUGUUCCCUACUCCCUCUAGCUGUCCUUAUGGAAUACCCCAGGCCCCUGCUGAGGGGCCUCCCACCUUGGCUUCCCACUCCCCUUCUCCAUCCCUGCCCCCACUGCCCCCCAGCCCUCCCCACUGCCCAGACUCACCACUAUUCAACUCGAGAUGCAGCUCCCCUCUCCAGCUAAAUUUGCUGCAGCUUGAGGAGCCCCCUCGUGCUGAGGGGGGUGCUGUUGCAGGGGCCCCUGGGAGCAGUGCUGGGCCCUCCCUUCCCAAUGAGGAGGUUUCGGAGCCAGAGGCCAGACUGGUGGAAGUGACAGAGUCCUCCAAUCAGGAUGUGCUGUCAGGCUCCAGUGACCUGCUGGAGCUGCUGCUGCAAGAGGACUCGCGCUCGGGCACAGGCUCUGCCGCCUCGGGCUCCUUGGGCUCUGGCUUGGGCUCUGGGUCUGGCUCGGGCUCCCAUGAGGGGGGCAGCACCUCAGCCAGCAUCACUCACAGCAGUCAGAGCAGCCACACAAGCAAGUACUUCGGCAGCAUUGACUCUUCUGAGGCUGAGGCAGGAACAGCCCAGGCCAGGACUGAGCCUGGGGACCAGGUCAUUAAGUACGUGCUCCAGGAUCCCAUCUGGCUGCUCAUGGCCAAUGCUGACCAGCGUGUCAUGAUGACCUACCAGGUGCCCUCCAGGGACAUGGCCUCUGUGCUGAAGCAGGACCGAGAGCGGCUCCGGGCCAUGCAGAAGCAGCAGCCUCGGUUCUCGGAGGACCAGCGGAGGGAACUGGGUGCUGUGCACUCCUGGGUCCGGAAGGGCCAGCUGCCUCGGGCCCUUGAUGUGAUGGCUUGUGUGGACUGUGGUAGCAGCACCCAAGACCCCGGCCACCCUGAUGACCCACUCUUCUCGGAGCUGGAUGUACUGGGGCUAGAGCCCAUGGAAGAGGGUGGAGGCGAGGGUGGUGGUGGCAGUGAGGGCGGAGGAGGCGAGGGAGAGGGUAGAGGUGAGGCUGGGGCCCAAGCUGGGGCCGGAGUCUCAGGCUUUCAGGACUUGGCCAUGGAGGAGGAGGAACAAGGUGGGAGCUCAUCCAGUUCAGCCUUACCUGCCCCAGUAAAUGCCCCAGCUGGACUCCAUUUUGGGGCCACUUCUGGGAGUCCAUGAGAGGCUACCUUCCUCCGUGUCCCAACUCUCAGUACUCAUGUGGCUGGACAAACCAAUAGAAAACUGCCCCAGCUUUUCCCACUGUAGGGGGCUGGACCCCCGUUACCAGCCCAGGAUCCAGGGGCUGCCUCCUGGCCUUUUAGGGAACAGAGAUUGGGUGGAACUCAGCCCCACCCAGAGGAGCUCACCUCCCUCCACCUGGUGAGUUCUUCUCUCCUCUGGACAAGGUUGCUGACAAGCUGCUGAAUUGGUCUCUCCAGAUCCCAGCUGAGCCCAAGUCCCGGUCCCUGAGGGUUGGGGCUGCACUUAUUUAUUGGGGGAGACAGCCCUUUUUCCCACCUCCUCCCUGUAAGCCAGAGGGAAGGAAGAUGGGGGAGAAGGAGGGCCUAAGGCCCAAGCAGGACCCAGGGGUCCGGACCUGUAGCUGCUCCAGGGUGGGGGAGGUUGGUGGACCAUGGAGUCCCUGGUGCUGCCCCUCAGAUGGGACCCAGGUGUUCUCAGCUGUACCCUCUACCAAUGGCAUUUGUGUUUUUGAUAUUGUGUCUGUUAUUUUUUAAUACAAAAAAAAAAAAA